UGUUUUUGUCUGCAAAUCGAAACGAACUAAGCCGUUUUCAAACUGUAGUCAUUUCCAAGUCUCUCAUCGAUCAUUUCUACAGUGAGAAAUCAAAAUGCAGCAUUUCGCAGAUUUGCAAAACAGUUCAGAAUUCGGUGACCCAGAUUCAUCCACCAAUGCUGUUUCUUCAGCACCUAAUUCCAAUUUGAAUCGUGACCUCUUCAACGAUCUCGUCGAAAUUGUUCCUCUCGUUGAAUCCCUCAUGGAUCGUAAAGCGAGCCGUUCGUUUACUCGUCGUGGUUCCAUGAUCUACACCAAGGCACCAGCAAGAGAAUCAUUGUAUAAAAAGGCAAUUGAUUCAAAAACCAGGAAUGUUGCUCAAUCUAUUCCUUCCGGGAAGAUAAACGACCAUGGAGCAAAAGAACAGGGAAAAAAUGACAACAGUAAUUCUGAUGCUGAUAGCUUUUCUAUGUUUUCUGGAAGAGCUUUUACAUCAGAGAAGGACAACGAAGAGUUAGCUAAAUUGAAGGAACAGGUAGAGGAACUUCAGCUGAAGUUAAGGGAGAAAGAUGAACUUUUAAAGUCAGCAGAAAAUUCGAAAGACCAGAUGAAUUCUGUUAAUGCAAAACUUGAUGAAAUGAAACACCAGGUUUCUGAAAAGGAAUAUUCACUAAAGUAUGCUCAACAACAACUCUCUGAUGCUAAGAUUAAACUUGCAGACAAGCAAGCUGCCCUUGAAAAGAUACAUUGGGAAAUGAUGACAUCCAACAAGAAAGUGGAGAAACUUCAAGUAGAGCUAGACUCUGUGCAAGCAGAUGUUUCGACAUUCACGUUGCUGCUUGAAAGCUUCGCAAAAACCGACACCGCUAAAUACACUGAUGAUUAUGACACCAAGCCUUAUGUUUUCAAUCACGUGCCUGAUAUUGAUGAUAUGGAUGAGAUGGAAUGCCAGAAAAUAGAAGAAGCGAGAAAAGCUUACAUUGCCGCAGUUGCUGUUUGCGAUGAAAAACGAGAUGAAGAAUCUGUUGCUGCCUCUGCUAAUGCUAGGUUACAUCUUCAGUCACUACUUUUCAAAUCCAAAAAUUUCAACAUGUGAUUUAAACUAAUUCAGUUUACACGUCGAGCUAUUUAGUCACUAAUGGUAAAGCAAUCCAGUCUUGGAAGGUGAGAUUUGUUUGUUUACAUGCCUCUCUGUGAACAAAAUAUAAAUAUGUUCCAUUUUAUGUAACAAAUCAAAAAACUAGAGCUUGUUUGACUAGGGUUAAAUGUGAGUCUUUGCAUUCUAGUUUUUUUCUAGUAGCUGAUUCUAAGAUGCAGUGGCUGUAUUUGUGUUAGCCUGUUGGGGCUUCGGUUAUUGUUCAAAACAGCAGCAAACUGUUACUAUCAUGAUUCUGAUUCCUCUGAGUUGUGGCUUCCAACUUCCCCUAUGUGGCUAUGUCUAUGUGUGGGCGUGUAUUCAAGUUGUCUUCUGGUUUCAUACUUCCAUUAAGUGGUCCAUAGCUAUGUAUCGACAAGCUAAACAAGUCAUCUGUAUUGUUAAUAUUUAAGCUUUUAUUUUUGUAUAAAUUCUGCAGUCAGUUUGGUUUUUGUAUACAUUCUAAUGAAAAGGUGAAAAUGUACUUGAUACUUGUUCAUAUUUUUACUAUCUACCUAUUGUAAGAGAAAAACAACAAAAUUUGCUCA